CAUCCAGGUUGGUUCCAUUGUUCCAUUGCAUUACAAUGGAACCAACCUGGAUGAAUGAGAGUCUUCAUAGACAUGUUUUUUCUAACUUUGGGAAGGAUACCCUCCAGCUGGUACGUGAAUUGGAGAAGACAGCUAGGAAAUUGGCGGACUACAAGAACCACCUCAGGUUAAACAUGAGAUGCAGACAAAGCAACGUGAUUCCCAAAAGCCUACAGAUGGGCAAAGGGGUUAAAGGACACAGAGCCGAGAACAUCAUGCACAGAGCCAGAACCCAACUUUUAAAGGACAGAAUCAGACAGACGUAUUUCAUCAUCAACAACCUGGAAGGUAAAAUGAAGAAUCUACAGGACAACUUGGCCACAACUGUUACGGAAGAAGUUCUUGAGAAGAUUGUCGGCUUCACCCGGACAGCACAACUGGCACAACACCACAAAAGCAAGCAACGGCAAAUCAAGAAAUUUCAGAUUCUCACAAACCAACAACAGAUCCUUAAGGACAGGCUCAACAGGGAGAAUAGAGGAAACCACACUAAGGCAGGGAUUGAUAGAGAUAGGUGGAUUAAGAAUAUUUCCGACCGUGAACUGACCCAAACAGAGAAAGAGGUAUUAUCCAAGGGGCUGAAUUUCUCGGUUACACCAAAUCAUAUCCCCGUGGUAGACCUCAUCACAGCCACAGAAACGGCCAUAAAGAGGAACAAUCUGACUGGAAAUCAAGCUGAAGAAUUACGACUCAAAAUUUCGGCGGCACUGUCCAGUGCCAAACCACCACCUUCCAAUCUUUCUUCAGAUGAAAGAAAGGCCUUGACAGCCCUGGAGAAGGACCACAGUAUCAAUAUUUUACCAGCGGAUAAAGGGAGAUGCACUGUGAUCCUGAAUGCGGCGGACUAUGAAGCCAAAGUUACCAACCUACUCAGCGACACCACCACUUAUGAAGCACUUAGAAGAGAUCCAACCAGCGGCAACAAGAAAAAGGUUAUAGACUGCCUACAAAGACUGGAGAGAGAUCAAGUCAUCGGCAAGCCUCUUUAUUACAGACUGUACCCGGGUAAUACCACUCCAUGCAUUUAUGGCCUCCCAAAAAUCCACAAGGAAGGAAUACCACUGAGACCCAUUGUCAGCAGCAUUGACUCAAUAACUUACAACAUGGCUAAACACCUGGCUACUAUUUUGGCCCCUCUAGUUGGCAACACAGAACAUCAUGUUAGGAAUUCACAAGAUUUUGCAAACAAAGUCAAACAUCUUCAGCUGGAUUCUGACGAGACGAUGGUGUCUUACGACGUAACUUCCCUCUUCACCUGCAUUCCCACCACAGAGGCAGUGAUUUCAGUGAGGAAGAGAUUACUACAGGAUUCUCAGCUACAAGACAGAACAAAUCUGACACCAGACCACAUCUGCGAACUGCUGGAAGUGUGCCUCAACUCCACAUAUUUCCAAUUCAGGGGAAACUUCUACAGGCAGAGACAUAGCUGUGCUAUGGGCUCUCCAAUCUCACCUAUUGUGGCCAAUUUGUACAUGGAAGAAGUUGAGAGAAGAGCCCUGGACUCCUUCCCAGGUACAACUCCAAGCCACUGGUUCAGAUAUGUGGACGACACUUGGGUCAAGAUCAAAAGCCAGGAAGUGGAGACUUUCACAGAUCAUAUCAACGCAGUAGACAAGAACAUCAAGUUCACCAGGGAAGACACAAAGGACAACACCCUAGCCUUUCUAGACUGUGCUGUGAUCAUUGGAGAGGACAGACAGCUCCAGGUUGAAGUGUACAGAAAGCCUACUCACACAGAUCAGUACCUGUUAUUUGACUCAAACCACCCUUUACAGCACAAACUAGGCGUCAUCAGGACAUUACAACACAGAGCCCAGGAGGUCCCCACAAGCUCUGACGGAAAGAAGAAGGAAAAGCAACAUAUCCACCAAGCCCUCCGAACCUGUGGAUAUCCCAAGUGGGCAUUCACCAGAUCCCAACAUACAGGAAAACAAGACAAGAAGGAACAAGAGACAAAACGGAACAGUAUUUCAAUUCCAUAUAUCUCAGGCCUGUCUGAAAAACUUAAAAGGAUUUUCAAACAACAUAACAUCCCAGUUCAUCUCAAACCAGUCAAUACCCUCGGACAGAAAGUGGUUCAUCCAAAGGACAAAAUUCCCAGCUACAAACAGAGUAAUGUUGUGUACUCUAUCCACUGCAAAGAGAACUGCAAUGAACAGUAUAUAGGAGAAACCAAACAACCGCUACACAAGCGGCUUUACCAACAUCGCAGAGCCAACCCAAGUGGACCUGAGUCUGCAGUACAUCUCCACCUGAAGGCCACAAACCACUCUUUCGAGGACAGUGAAGUCCGAAUUCUAGCCAGAGAGAGAGGAUGGUUUGAGCGAGGAGUGAAAGAAGCCAUCUUUGUCAAGAAGGAUAAACCUUCUCUUAAUAAGAAUGGUGGU